GAUCCGGAUCGGACCCGGACCUGGCUGCGCGUUCACGAGCUGGUACAGAGACGCGCACGCUGUUAGGAUGGAGAGGAAGAGGAGGAGCGUGCAGUGACGGAGCGCAGGGUGUUUGUUUACAGAAGAAGAGGAGGAAGAGGUGAAGCUGCACCUCAGAAGAGUCUCGCUCCUGAAACAGCGCGAGGAGAGGAGGAGGAAGAGGAGGAAGAGUCCCCAACUUCUGACUCCGUAAACUUCCUGCACGCUCCACGGUCGGGCCGUGCUACCGCGCAUGCGCCCUGAAGUUUUCACCCCAUCGGAACACAAUGGACCGAUUGUGACGUCACCGGUUGCUUAUCCGGAUCUGAACCAGUGACGGCGGCGGGAGCGCGCCUCGGCUCAGCGCGUGACCUGAGCCUGUGGAGUGUGUGCGUGAGAAUGAGUGGUGGUAAAAAGAGGAGUGGCUUUCAGAUCACCAGCGUGACUUCAGAGGUGAACCAGAGUCCAGCAGACCAAUUGUCUCCUAGCGCUGUCCUGCCCAUCAUCCAAUCAGAGGUCUCUCUGCAGUCCCCCCUCUGCAGCCCUCAGGGAAGCUCCUCCCAGCCAACCACACCCUCUCUGAAGAGGAAGUACGUCUCCCUCGAUGGCGGGCAGGGGGCGGGGUCUUCCUCCAGGUUCAGGGUGGUGAGACUAGUGAGCGGAGCCGGCGGCGGAGGCCGGGGUGAAUCGUAUCGUCGCGGGCGAUGGAUGUGCACAGAGUUCACAGAGCGGCAGGAAGGCCCGGGGUUCAGGCGGGUAAUGGACAGCAUGAGACACGCCCACUCCUUGGAGUCCCUGGAGAUGAUUGGCCGGGAAAGCGAGUGGGGUGGAGUCCACUCUCAGGACAACACCCAUAUGCUGGCUCAGCACGUGCUGCACAGCGGCCCGCCUUCACCCACGCACCAAACGCCAGCUAAUGUCCGGCUGCUCGACCACAAGGAGUCACGCCUUGUGGUCGAGCAGGGCUUAGGCUCCACCCCUCCACCACCUUCACCCCGCCCACGCUUCGCCCCAACUCCUCUGCGGCUGGAUGUGGACGCCUCAGGACGGUCUGUCCUCAGGCUGUCUCACUCUCAGCCUGGCUCCCCCCCUGCUGGACUGUACCAACCCCCUCUGACCCCCGCUCAGACGCCGUCAGGCUUCAGCCUGGACCGCACCAUGUUCGACCUGCCGGGGGACGCCAGUAGUUCCAGUACCAGUUUGAUCGCCAUCGACAACAAAAUUGAGCAGGCCAUGGACCUGGUGAAGAGUCACCUGAUGCUGGCGGUGAGGGAGGAGGUGGAGCUUCUGAGAGAACAAAUCAGAGAGCUGCAGGAGAGGAACCGGCAACUGGAGAGAGAGAACCACACGCUGAGGGCGCUGACCCACAGCAUGCACACUCAAUAACACACACACUAACACACACACACACUAACACACUCACACGUGCCGUCAUGUCAGGGUUAACAGGACGGCGUUCCGGCUCCUGCGUUUUCUGAUCAGCUGAUGCUUCAGAGACACUCGCUGUGCCCUCCUGCUCGUCCUCCUUCAUGUACCUGUAGUACUGUUGAACUGCAGUAUUUGUGGUACUGUGUACUGAUGAAAGGUGUGUGUGUGUGUGUGUGUGUGCAAGUACUUACAGCAUCUGACAAAAGUGAGCACACCCUGACAUUUCUGUAAAUGUUGUGUUAGCUCCUUUCAUGGGACAACAUUGUAGGUAACAAAAGAGAGAAGACCCGAGGUGAAAAUGUCCAAACUGUGCCCAAAAGUAUUAUGUUUGGCCACCAUUAUUUUCCAACACUGCCUCAACUCUGUUGGUCAUGGAGUUCACUGGAGCUCCACAGAGUGCCGCUGAAUCCUCUCCCACUCCGAUGACAUCAUGGAGCUGGUGGAUGUUAGACCUUGCACUCCUCCACCUUCCAUUUGAGGAUGCCCCACAGAUGCUCAGUAGGGUUUGGAGACAUGGUUGGUCUGAGCACUGACAGGCUGACCCUCCACGCCUCUGCACCAAUGCUGGCAGCACUCAUACCUGUUUUCAAAGACAACCUCUGGAUAUGACACUGAGCACGUGCACUCAGCUUCUUUUGUCGACCAUGUCCUGUUAAACUGCUGGAUGGUCUCGACCACCGUGCUGCAGCUCAGUUUCAGAGUGUUGGCGAGUCACGUGACACCAGGGAGGGAAAAUGGCUAAUCGGGCUCAGUUUGGACAUCUUCACCUAUGGCUGUACUCUCUUUUGUUUCCCAGGGAUUCAGUCACUAAUGGCUGUGGGUGGAGUUAUUUAGAGGUGACACCAAAUGUGCACUGUUGUACAAGCUGCUUACUUUACAUUGUAUCAACGUGUCAGAUUGACAGUGUGUCCUGUGAAAAGAUGUAACGAAAUAUCUCCAAAAAUGUGAGGCUGUGCUCUGUGUGCGAGUGUGUGUCUGUGUGCGAGUGUGUGU